AUGGAUCGCAGAAAACCUUCAUCAUGCAGUCGCUUUAUCCUCCUUCUCCGGAAUCUCUUCAUCGCAGCGUUAGCGUACACGUUCGUUGUCGAAGUUCUGCACAUUUAUCAAACCGGUACUAUUUCUCCCUUUUCGAAGGGUUCGCCAAAGAAAUCCACGGGCAGGGAUAGUAAGGGGGGCUCGUUGUCCGGGGGUGUAAAUUGGCGGCUGAGGCCGACGACCUUGGUGGAGGGUACCAACGAUGCUUUCAUGGGGAGGAGGCCUGAUGUGGAUACUUAUGCGAAUUACACAAAAUUGAUUGAGACGUGUCGGGGGUCCUUAAAUGGGUUGGAGAGAAUGAGGAAUGUUUAUGACUGCUUAGACUACCUUACUCGCCGCGAGGACGACUACUUUUUCAUGGCCGAGAACCGGCCUUCGGCUGCUGACCCGAACUACAAAUCGAUUGAGGGCGCCGCCCCCCCAUCUACACACUAUAUCGGGGAUUGCCCUGGCCCCGUUCAACUCUAUCAUACAUAUUGGACUGGUCCGGCUACGUGGCGGGUGGAACUUUUCGUCAAGGCUUAUCUGUAUACCCAGAAUAUUCCCUGCAGCAGACUGUAUAUUUGGCUCGAGUCGGAUGGGUUUCCGGACGCUGUGUCGGACAUGAUGAAGGAUCCUCUAUUCGCCAAGUUUCUUCCGCUUGUGGAGCGUGGUGAUUUAGUUCUUAAGGCAUGGAAAUUCCCCCGUAGAAUUCCCUUGCCCAAAGGGGCUAUCGCUGAGGAUCCAGCAUAUACGAAAUCUCUUGCCGGCAAGGGGUCCCUUCGCGGAACCUCCGGUGAGGCUAGGAGUCCUAAAACUGAAGUCUACAUUGCCGACGGGGUUGUUCGGAUGGAAGAUGGUAGCGAGUGGCUUGUGCUUACCGAGCGCCAAAUGACCUUUCUUCCCGUUGCUGUCUCGGAUGCCGUACGAUUCAUUGUCUUACAUUUACAUGGAGGUGUUUAUAUGGAUAUGGAUGUUAUGCUUUUGCGUGACAUGCGGCCACUGUUAUUGACGCCUGAUCAUAACUUUGCCGAGCGUUGGGCAGUUCAUUCACACCCUGGGGAUUACAAUACUGCUGUCAUGUCUCUCAACGCAAACAGCUCUCUAUCGUCGUACCUUGUUAGGGGCGGAAUCAGGAUGGGUCUGAACUUUCACCCGAGAAUUAUUGGGAGGAUGGCAUGGAAGGAUGGGAGGAAUGAGGAAUUUGCCAUGUUUGAGACCGGGCUAUUUGAUCCAAUUUGGGGCGAGUUCAAUUGGGGCCGAGAGGGGAGGUGCACAGUUCCUUGUUUCAAGGAUUAUGGCGUUGCUUUCCAAGGGACAAGGGGUGCUAUCAAGGAUGAAUGGGAGAGCUAUGAUGGGAAGCCGCUUUCAGAAAGGGUGUAUCAGAGGGAGCUAGAGCUCAGGUCUCGGGUCUCGGAUUCACCACCAUCUUCAGCUGACGAGAUUGAGCGCGCCUCGGUUGAGGCUCUAGCUAUGGAAAAGGGGGAUGCGGAUGUGACCUAUGGGGGAAAGCCAUAUACAUUGAAGGAGGAUAAAUACCCGCCGAACAAUAGAACAUUGGAAAACUUUUUUAGAGGAGCUUGGAGUUAUCAUAUUCAUAAUCAGUGGACCAAACACCCACAGCCAAAUUCUUGGUUCGACAUCGCCCAAAAAGCUCAUGACGGCUUCCUCCAAGGAACACGCAAGAACGUCUACGGCGAAUCUUGGACAGGGCCCGAUAUCCCAGCUUACGACCGCUGGCCGGAAUUCGAUUAA